CUCCUCCCCACGCCUCCGCCGUCACGGCGCGGCCCCCGCCCCAUGACAGGACGGGGCGGUGCCGGGCGGUCAGGCCGUGGCCCUCCCUUGGGAAGCCGGGUUCCCUGUCACCGCCGUCACCGCAGCCGCCGCCGCGAGCAGGCACUCCGGGGCCGGGUGUCCUUAAUAGGUGGAGAUCGUUCCCAUCGUGGAUGACCUUGACAGCACAUCUACCCAGCCAUGUCGUACAGUGCCGGCUUGGUGGAUCCUAAUCAACUAGCCCAGCGCAUAACUUCUAACAUCCAGAAGAUCACACAAUGCUCUGCCGAAAUACAGAGAAUACUAAAUCAGCUUGGAACACCACAAGACACACAUGAGUUGAGGCAACAGCUGCAACAGAAGCAGCAGUACACAAACCAGCUUGCCAAAGAAACUGACAAAUACAUUAAAGAGUUUGGAUCUUUGCCUGCAACAAGUGAACAGCGUCAAAAGAAAAUACAGAAAGAUCGUCUUGUUGGGGAGUUCACCACAGCGCUCACAAAUUUCCAGAGGCUGCAAAGGCAAGCUGCUGAGAAAGAAAAAGACUUUGUAGCCAGAGUAAGAGCCAGCUCAAGGAUAUCUGGUGGUGCUCCUGAGGACAGCUACAAAGAAGGAACACUCGUCUCCUGGGACAGUCAACCUCAAGCACAAGUGCAAGAUGAAGAAAUUACGGAGGAUGAUCUCCGUCUUAUUGAGGAGAGGGAAUCUUCCAUUAGGCAACUUGAGUCUGAUAUUAUGGACAUCAAUGAAAUUUUUAAAGACUUAGGAAUGAUGAUUCAUGAGCAAGGUGAUGUGAUAGAUAGCAUAGAAGCUAAUGUGGAAAAUGCAGAUGUACAUGUGCAACAAGCAAACCAGCAGCUGGCAAGAGCUGCAAACUACCAGCAAAGAUCCCGAAAGAAGAUGUGCAUCCUCAUUGGUAUACUUGCUAUUGGAGCCAUGAUUCUUGGAAUCGUCCUAUGGUUGUCUCUAAAAUAAGUCUCCAGAGAAAGCUUUGUAAUCGAUAUUUAAAUUAUGAAAGGAAACUUCUGCAGUAAUGGUUUGCUCAUUCUGAAGCUCAGUAAAAAUGAUGUUUUUUCUGUACUUCAUCACACUCACUUUUUUAUGAGACUUUGUUUUAAGUUGAGAAAUAACUUUCUCAGUCACACCAUAACUGCCUGCUCUCUUGGACGUGAGUGCUGUCUUACCAGUAAAACCAGUCAGCAUCAUAUACUGUUCCGUUAACUUAACUUAAUAACCUCUUAAGGGUUAGGAGAUUAAUCAAAAUCUUGAUAACUUGUUUUGAAGGAAGGGGGAGUGGGAUGGGAUUAUCAUGGAGAUACUGCUAAAUGUUGCUGCCAAAACAAACUCCUGAAUUGUUGCUUGAGGCAACAAAUUCACAAGUUGGAAUUUAGUUUUAAGCUAGUAAUGUCUUUUUGUCUUUUUCCCUUCCAUCUCACCCACCUGCCCAUUUGAUAUGGGUGGUUCAAAAAUAAGACGUAGAUGUAAAGUUAGUGCGAUCUUUUUUUAACUGAAGCCUUCAAAUUAAGCCUUCGGUUUGCCUCUAAUCUUUCAGAUGCUUCAUAUAUCUCUAUCUGGCGUUAACUCUGGUUAUACCUGGAAGACUCUGCAAAAGUAGGUAGAGUGGAUGACAUAAUUAUUUGGAUUUCUUCGAGUUUUUCCAUUAAGAAAUAAAGUUUUAUGUGCAUAUGUCUGGUAUCUUUGCAUCUGAAGUGUUUAUCAAUGAGCUUGGCUAGAUGAAAGUAAGCUCUAGUCUGUGAAUUCUUAAAUUUACUGGGAAGAAUAGGAAUUCCCAGCUUCCUAACUGCGCUUGAAUGUUACUGUUCUGGAACUGCUGUGAUUCAGUUUCCACGAACAGAUCCAAACUUGUAUGUGAGGUCUUUCAUACCUCUGAAGAAAAGAUUACAAGUUAAAUUCCAGGUUCAGCGGUAUUUGAAAACAAGUUCUUAAUCAGUUGAGCUUACUCAAACUGCUUAAGAAUUCUGAUGCUCACAGCCAUUAAAAUGACCUUUUUUUCUCUUGUGCCAUUUUGUACUAAUAUAUUAAAAAUGUAACCAAACACUUUUUUGCCAAUUAAUCUAUUUGCAUUUUUAAUUGAUGUCGGUGAACUAAUCUGAAACGUGUACAGAUGAAAAAGUCGAUUUGUAUUUUAUAAAGUUCUUGUACACUAGACUGAUAGAGAAAGCACUGUUUACAUGGUGAACUAUGAAAUGUUGUUUGGAAACAAUCUAAGCAAAGAUGGACUUCAGAAUUGUAACUGUGCAACCAAAAUAAAGGUCUUUUAAAGAGUA